AUGUUGUUGAUAAGCUCUGCGUGUGACAUCAAUUUGUGGCUUUCGGAAUGUUUUACUCAGAUUGUAAGUAAUACUAACCGCCUGUAAUGAGCUAAAAAACUUCUAUAAAUAAAAUUUUGUGUAAUAUAACUUUUUACGUUGUUUUGGAGUCUAUGUAAGCUUAAAAAAAGCCCACUAGAGUCUGCUAGGCCUCUUUUAAAUUUUUCAGGGGUUGGCUCGGUCCUGAACAUGUAGGCUGUAAGCGCUAAGAGCCUGACGCAAACGAAAGUUCCAGAAACCAGCUUAAGUCUUGCAGCAAAAAAAAUUAAAUUGUAAAAAGAGCCGGACCAAAGCAAAUUAGUAGAAAACCUGGCCGGGCUAUCGCCCGUAGAUCAAAGGUCGCGAGCUUAAGCCAAAGCCAGGCUCAAAAGCUUGGCCAAGAAAAUAAGACCAGCCUUUUACAGGCCUAAGUAUGGGUAUAUUAUUCGGCUAUAAACUUUUAAUCUUUCUUUUUAAAUUCCUUUUUAAGGAAGGCUACAUAAAUGAUGGUGUACUGUUUGUGUGGUUUCAAGGAGAUGCAAAAUAUUUGUCUUACAACAAACAAGUGGCUUAUGUUGGCUACUUUGGAGUGUCUUUAUUUGCUGUUAUUGCUAUUCAAGCCCCUAAUUAUGUUUACAGGUUAAUCUGCGUAAAUAAGUAAGCAUUUUAACAACUUAUUUAAGUGCAUUUUUACAACUUUUUUGGGAAUUCAAAUUUUUAAAAUGAAAAACUUUCUUUUGCUUAACGUAAAGGAUUAACCUAAGAUUCAUUUUAAAAAUAUUGACUGAAAUUUACAGCAGAAUCGCCCCACCAUUGCAACUUACCCUUUAUAUGUACAUUGUCGCUAUAGCAGCAGCAAUACCACUAGGUGUAUGUUCAGUUAUGGCAUUUAUGUACAGCGGCAAUAUCCGGCCUGGGUUUAAUUAUGCUAACGUUUGGUUUAAUAUUAACCAUUUACCGGUUCUUAUGCUCGCUGAUACGGUAUGUCAAGAGGUUUUAAAACAAAGAUUUGUAACGCAUUAAUAUACGUUUUAAUAAACGUAGAAAAAUUGGCGGAAAACUUUUGCAGGCACAUAAUAUUAGACUUAGUGUCUUCUUUUCAGCGAAGCCUGUACACAAAAGUCUUUCUUCUUUACGAUGUGUUCCUUUUGAUUAUUGUCUACACAGCCUGCGUGUGCUUGGCUAAAAAAACCAUUCAAAUUUUAAAAGCUGAUCAACAUCUACACAGUUACCGAACCUCUCAAAUGCAAAACCAGAUGUCGUUGGUUAUCUUCAUCCAAUCAGUUAUACCAAUCUUUAUAUCUGUUGGACCAUGUUUUAGCCUGUCAAUUCAAGCCUUGUUUCAUGUUGAUUUGGGUCCAAUAAGCUCUUUUGCAUUUUUGCUUUGUUUAUGGUUACCUUUAUGUAACCCUUUAGUUACAUUGUUGAUAAUCAAGCAGUUUCGAACUAGGAUAGCUCAUGGCAUUGGGUCUAAGCCCUCAAGGUCUAUGACUUCUAGGCAUUCAACCUCUUUGAGUUUUAGGCCUUCAAGGUCGGUAAGUCGUACGUUACAAUUAAGCGGAGUACUAUAAACAACUUUUUUGUGAUAGUGUAUUAUUUGGAAAUUAUUUCUGAUGCUAAGCUGUCUAUAACUUAAUGACUACACUUGUGUAUGAUAAUUGACAAAAACCCCGUUAAUACUGUAUUUAGAAACAAGUCGGCUUUUAAUGCUUAUUUUUGCAAAUUUCAUAAUAGGAAUGUUGCCAUACGAAUCUUGCCAUACGCUUAUCUGUUCUAACACAAAUAACAUAGUUAAGAAAAAAUGAACGUUGUUCAUUGCGUACUACUGAAUACAUAAUAUAAUAUUAUGGCUUGAUGCAUUAAGAAGACACCUUCUAUAUAAGUACUGAAAUAUGCUUGUAGAGUUGCCAGGGGCUUCAGAAGUGCUUCUAUUUUACGGGUGGCUCCGAUUCCGACAAUAGUGCCGGAACCAAAGAUAGAGUUUGAAUUAGAGCCCAAACAGCUCAAAGAGUUGGAGCCAGAACCAGAAUAUGUGUAA